AUGGCUGAUGACACUCCCGCCGUCAAUGGCAGCCAGAGCCACGACAAUCUCAACGUUGACAAGCCAGCCGUGAUUGCCAAGGAGCCAAAGGUCUCCAAGCCUAUGGUCUAUGAGUCCAGCCCAAGCAAGGAACCGGAUGGCUUGAGCAACGGCACUACAAACCAUGCAAGCCAAAGUAUGACCCAACGCUCUCAAAACCAUACGCGUACCUCCAAAGGCUGGGGCGAUUCCAGUGUCAUGUUCUCAAAAGACCAGCAGGUCACAAUCCUUCAAGAGACGGUCAUCAAAACCCGACGAAAGUUUGUCGCAGAUUUCGAUCAGGCUGAUGAUACCGACAUUCAUAGCUUGACCAUUGAAGGCUUCCUCCAAUUCAUCGAGCGCCAGAGGCUCACACACAUGCCGCAUCGAGGCUCGAGAUGGGACAAAGUCCUCAAGUGGGCGGAAUUCUUCGCUCUCCAGAUAUCGGAAUAUUCCAAGGCUGUUAAAGGCUUCGUCCGUGACAGUGGUCAAGCGGCGCACAUCUAUUACUACGCUCAGGUGAACGCCGUCUCUGCCGGAAAAGUUAGUCUUGAUUUCAACAGCACAUUUGGUGGUCACAUCGAGGCUUUUCACAAACGCAUAGGUCGAAUUACGGACGCUAUGUGGCAAUUUGAGCUCGGCGAUGAUGCGUCUGUGGAUUUCGAGAUUAUUCUUCCCUGGCUCCGUCCUCGCGACCGUAACCUGGAGACCUUGACCAAGAGUCGUCUUCACGCUCCAGGCCAUCGAGACGAGUACACCUGCGAAUGGUUCCAAAGACAUCUCCUCGACUUCUCACGAAGUAAGGAUGAUGCGUUGUCGAUUGUCGGACCUGCAGGCUGCGGCAAGAGUGUCUUGUCUCGUUGGAUCAUUGAGAGGCUGCAGAGGCCGCUCGGCAAGAGAACCUAUGACAUUUUAUUUUUCACAGUUGAAGCAGACGUUCCUAGCGAGACUUCAUCGGUUGCGAUAGCCAAGCAUUUGUUACUACAACUCCUUGAAAAAAACAUAGGCGAUGAGCUUCUGUUCCAAGAUUUGGCUCAGGCGUACGACAUGUCAUUUUCGAAAGAUACCAGCAAUCUCGAGGACUCUUUGUGGAAAUCUUUGGAGAAGGCGAUGGGUCGAUUCGCCACCCAACACUCUCUCUUUGUCAUCAUUGAUGGCCUUGACGAAGUGAAGGGUGGCGAGCAAAGCAGAAAGCAAAUCACCCAUCAGUUGGGGGCGCUCGCCGCGAAGCAUACCAACGUUCAGAUCAUUAUUCUAUCCCGAGACCCUGCCCCAAUGCCAACUGAGGGCAAGGUUCAGACAUUCAAGAUUACCCAUGAUCAUACGCGCGAAGAUCUUAGGCAUGUGGCUGGGCAUGCACUCCAUGGCUACGUGCAUUACCAAGGACAAAGCGAACAUGCUCGCGAAGCGGUUGUUGAACAGCUAAGUCAUGCCGCAAAAGGCAGCUUUCUUGGCCUUCUCUUGACUGUCAAGUUCCUGAGGCAGGAGAAAUCCCACGAAGGGUUUAUGAAAGCAGUCAAAGCUGCCAGGGAUACACCAAACUCUCUUGACGAGCUGAUCAAAAAGCUAAAGCAUUCCGUAGACCAGAAGACGGACAUCAGGGAGGACAUCAAGGCCUCGUUGGGAGCUCUAGUCAUCAUCGACAACGGAUUUGUCCGGGUUCGACAUCCUGCAAUUAGAGCUCAGGUGUUCAAUCUCCAGAGAGAAGGCAAGAAAGUUCUGAGCUAUCAAUCUGCGCAGACCGAUCUUGCCAUGAGACUCCUAGCUUAUUGCCGGUUCAACCUUACAAACUCUCGAGAUCCAGCCUUGGAAGUGGUGGCUGAGACAGAGGUCAACCAGCUUUUUGAGAGUCAUCGACUGUUGGAAUACGCAGUGCGAUACUGGACUCUGCACUUCCAUGCUUCUUCGAUGUACACAAGCGCCGAUAAAUUCCAGCUCUCGGCUGAUCUCAAGGCCAUCUUUCCCAGCUCAACACAGCUUGUAAUGCUCGAGUGGGCCUGCUGGGAUCCCUUGGUCGAUUCUAUCAAGACACAUGAGCUUGCCCGUCGCAUACGUACAGAUGUAUUUACUGAAAAGCAUGAGUCGGUACUCCAAAGCUUGAUCAUCUGUGGAGGCCUGUACCAGAAAUGGUCGAAGACGACAGAGGCUAGCAUGUGCUUCUACCGUGCGUCGCACAUUGGCCAAGAAAUACUGCGCGAAAACCAUACAAUUACCAUUGGAUGCACCACGACAUUCCUGACGAUCACCGAGACUAUCAAAACAACAACACGCACGGAGCUGGCAACAUGCAAGGAGGGGAUGCUGAAGUAUAUCAUCAACGCCUACAAGCAUCAACAUGGAAAGACGCACGACCUGGUAAUUUGCUAUUACAAGAUGCUCGCGCAGCUGUACAUUGAAAUUCGCGAAGAGCACCAUGCUGAAAAUACUUGGCGCGAGCUUCGCGAGAUCAUGAUUACACGGUAUGGUAAGGGCUCAGAGGAAGAAAUAGGCAUAUCUGAACAGCUUACUAUUAUACUCAAAAAAGGCGACAAGAAGAUAGACGUUGUCGAGUAUGAGAAAGGUAUUUUCGAUGUCGCCAUGGAUUUGGAAGUUUGGGACAUUCGCCGCAUCCAAAUGACCAUAGAGUUGGCAGUAUCCUAUGAAGCGCGCGGUGAAUACUUCCUUGCCGAAGAACUCUACAUAACACUCUGGAGACGCCUUACUGAGCAGUGUCAUCAUCCUCACCAUCAUCAUGGGGUGGAAAUCCACAUUCACACCAUCGAUGUAGUCUUAGAGUACGUGCGGUUUCUAAGACGCCGUCAUCGGCAUGAAGAAGCCUCCAACGUACUCAUUUGCGUUUGGACCGAGUACGAAGAGUACGAUUUCGAAUCUGAGACGAUUUUCCUGCGACUCAAAGUCGUUGGAGAACUCAUGCGUGCUAUCAACCUUCUGUCCGUAGCCAUUUCCGUGUUCAAAAAAUGCUCGGCAUGGUUCGAGUCUCAUGGCAAGCAUGAGCACACCGAAUCCUGCGAAGUCUUGAUUUCCGAGACUAUGACAGAGAUCAUCUCGACGACAUCUACGACGACCGCCUCCAUUACUAGCACAACGCCGACAACUACAGAGACGGUCAUCAAAGAGCUUUUCGAAUCGACCAUGUCCCGCAGUACGGUGACAUCCGAGACCUUUGCAAUCUGCAAGAGCCUCGUCUCCUACUACAUGAGGAUGGAACAAUGGUCCCAGUGCAUCGAAGUGACGAAACGAUCGCUACUGCUUGUCUGGAAGACGAUCAUAUCCGGGCGAGGGACCAUUGCUUUACCUAAAGAUUUCGGGUCCGAGGCCAUCGACAUUGCAACAAGCCUUGCCGUUUGCUAUGACCGCUCGCAUCGUUUUCAUGAAGCCGAGGAGAUCUAUAUUCGCAUUUAUCGCGCGUGCCGCAACUCCUGCCACAUUCACGAUGAGCGCUUGACCAGAUCCUACACUGUGCUUAUCAAGUUCUACGAAGGACACCGUCACUGGCACAAUAUGAUCGAAAUUUAUCAUGAACUUCUUGUCGAGUACCGCAAGCUCCUAGGCACUUCCCAUACCCUGACUAUCAAGAUUCUCUACAUUCUGGGCUCCCUAUGCGCUGACCAUGGACAUGACCACGCUCACGAGUACUACGAAGAGAUCAUCACAACGCUGAACCAUGGAUCGGCGGUCUGCCACCACGAUGCUUUGGAUGCCAUGUUCUUCAUGUUCAAAUACCAUAACGAGGGUGGUCAUUGGCACAAGCUACAGGCGAUCUGCAAGACUCUCUGGCUGACUUGGAAAGACCUACAUCAAGGAUACAAAAAGUUCAGUGUCGAAUUCGUCGAGGUCCUUUAUCUGCAUUAUCGCUACGUCCUGGAGCAUCAUAGUCACUGCGAAUUUUCCGUUCUCCGGGAUUUGACCGUUGAAUAUCGUAAUGCUUGCAUCAAGAUCUUUGGCGCUUCCGCUACGGUCACUCUCAAGGCCUCCAUAGAACUCGCUCAGAUCUACAUGAAGAGUGAGAAGCAUGUGUUGACCACGACGAAAACAACCACGACCCAGAUAUCUGAAACGACCAUCACGACUGUUAAGGUUUUGUUGACAAGGGCGUACGUGAAGGUUUGCAACCACAGUUCUGUAUCAAAACCCACCGUUGAACGGGCCAUCAAAGUGGUUCUCGAACGCUUUAAUUCCCUGAAAGCAACCUUUGGCUGCUCUCAUAUUGAGACGUUGACUGUCCUACGGGAGCUCGUCCUCCUGUAUAUGAAGCUGGAAAGCCAUUCCAUGGUGGUACGCAUGCUGCUCGAUACAACAAUCGAGAUCAUCAAAAAGGAAAAGCACUCCAAGACGCUCCACGAGGCCGCAAAAACCAUGGGCUCCAUUUAUAUCGCCUGUGGAAUGGCUGAGCAAGGCCACGAGAUGAUUCACGAAAUGCGACUACAGCUGAUUACCGGAAGCGCCAGCUCGGACAAGUCGAGCUUCAAAAUCGACAAAUCCACUGGUAAAGGCUGUUACGUCUUCCUGGUUACGUUUGAACAGAUAGUUCUAGGACAGAUGACCAUCAGCUACUCCGAAAUCAUGGCCGAUCUCCUCACAGAGACGAUUCUUUACGAAUCAUUUACCCGCUGCAUCAACAACAAGUCCCAUACUGAAGUCAUCCUCGCAAGGGCUGGUAGCCUUCGCGCGUUCUUAGUCUCUCGCAAGCGCAAGGUACAAAUUGAGGUUCUGGAACAUCAAGCUCACGAGAUCUUCAUCAAGAAGUGGGGAUCAACCAUCAAGGUGCGGAGCGAAGUUAGCCUUAUCUUCUGCAACAGUCUACUCGAAGAACUUGGUCGUCACGAUACUCACAACGUAGAAAUUGGGCCUUCUGCGUGCAUAUCCAGCGUUGCCAAGGUCCAGUACUUGCUUAGCGAAGACCGGAUUCAGCAAGCGUACGAAGUGGCGUUCUGCGCGCUCAACUUCAUUAAUCAGCAACGCGCAUAUCAUCAACUGCAGAACGUUGGCUACGGCUUCAAAUUGUCUGCACUCAUGGCUGGCCGUGGUCUCGAAAAGCCAAUGAAGGCGGGGGUCGACCCCAAAGUUCGCAAUGACAUGAUGGAGCUUUCGCGCAAGAUCAUCCACGAAAUUCUACAAGCAUGCAAGGAUUCCAAGAUCGACUUUGUGCGCUUGCAGCUGCGUGAGCUGAACGACCUUGCUGGUCUGCUUGGCGAACAGCAAAACCACGUAGAUCUUGAAGUAAGCCCCCCUGACUCUGGCCCCUAUCCAUAUUACCAAGCUGACCACAACGAUCGACAGUGGCUCCUCAAGCUCCUCUGGUCCUCCCGCGAAGUCCAAAAGAAAUGGUCCUCUACCACCAUCGUCUCUAUCGGUCGCCGCUACGUGCAAGCAACGUAUGCCAACAAAGAUCACCGUUCCCACGCUAUCCGACUCUGCGAAGACAUCUGCUACAACCUCCGCCGCGUAUGGGGCUAUCUCGACCCAAAGACGCUCGAGAUGUCCGAGCUGCUGUCGCAACUGUACACGAGCAUGGGCCAUUACCGCGAGGCGAUGGGUGUGCACGAAAACAUUCUGAGACUGGUCGUAGAGGGCGACGAUGGCGAUGACAAGACUGUCGACACAAUGGACUCGAAGAGGGUCAAGAUGCAUGUGGAAUGGUUGAAGCAGUGCUACCUGCGCCUGCAAGGCUGGGACAAGUCUGCCGCUACCUACAGAGACCUCGUCAGCGCAGUCCUCCGCAUGGAAGAGUACAGGCACAAGCCAGAGUGGCAAGGCGUACACGGCACCGACCACUGGGACAAGAAAGAACCGGCCUCGGACCGCAUCGGCAAAUUCGUCGCGCCGAAGGAGUGGGAGUUCGAGGACCCCGAGACCGCCAGCGGGCAAGACAGCGCCGAGGAAAACACCACGUACAAGCGAUCAGGUAUGGGUACGAAGAGGGCGACGAGCAAUUGGGGAUUGAACCACUUCCGCCACGUGUUGAAUGGGGACCAUGAGGUACACCACCGUGAUGGUAAUCGGACCAAGGCACCGGAAGCGGCAAAGCCGUUGAUCCUUGACGGUGACGACGAUGGGUACGAGAGCGCCCGCUGA